GUUCAGCUGUCAUUAUAAAAACAACUAAAUACAAAAUUCAAAAUGUGAAAAGUUAGGUUGAAGAAUAGAGAUACAGAGCCUACGAUAAAUCAAAGAGAAACUUUACAAAAAUAAAAAUAAGCUUUUUUAAUAAUAAAAAUAAAAUUGAAACUCCAUAAUAAAAGUCAAGGUUCCAAAAUCGUUCGAGAUGGAACCGAGCCUGACUUCCCAAAUCAAAGAAGCCCAAACAACAUUGGAAACAAUCCAAGAAAUUUCUCGUUUACUCAACACCGGCCUCAGCCCGGAAGCUUUAACUGUAUGUGUCAGGCUGUGCGAAGUAGGAGUCAACCCCGAAGUCCUGUCGUCGCUAGUCCGGGACUUCCAACGCGAAGUGAAAGAAUACCAAAGACCCAAAAAUGCUAGAAAUACGGGCAAUCAGAAUUAAUUUUAAGGAGGACUUUUGAGGCUUAUCAACAAUGGCGCGUACAAGAAAUCAAGCAUGGCUAUACCGAAUAGCAUCCACUCGAAACCGAUAUUUUUUAUCAGUGUACCACUCAGCGCAGGACCUAAAAAAAAAAAAACAGAAUCUCUCUGACGCUAAGGUAAACUCAAAAAUGAAAUGUAUUUUUUUUUUCUAAAUAAAAUUCUGUUUGAAAUUAGGGCCAUAAUUUUUUAGAAAGGGUAUUCGUAUGCUAAUUGAAAUUUCACAUAUUAUGUAUAUCGAGUAAUAAUAAUUACAUAACCGGUUCAAUUUUCUUUUCGCCGACUCAGUAUUAUAAUUCGGGCUCGAGUGACCAUACCGUAUACCUGAAAUUUAACUUCCUGAUUUGAUUUUUUUUUCGGCCCCUAUUUGACCUACUGUGCACGACUAAUUUUGUUGAAUUCCAUUCAGUCUAGUUUACUGAAAUAAAGUGCAAAAACUUAAUAAUAUUCCUAUCAAUAAAUAGAAUGAAUAAUAAUUAUCACUCUAAAUGUGUUUUUGACAGCAUUGUUUCAUGAUAUUGGAUGAUAAUUGAUGACAAUUAUAUACUUUAUCUUAUGGGAAAUUAAAAUGUGGCUGAUUAGCACAAAUUGGGACGAAAAUAACUUGAAAUUACCCAUACUUAAUAUUGAACCCCAAUCUAGAAAAAUAGUAGGUAUCGUAGUUGAAAGCUACUUGUCACAUAAUGUUUUAAUAGGAAUUCAGCUGUAAUUGAAAGUUGAAAAUGUUUGAACAGUUAAAAAGGUAAGAUACAGCAGAAAAAAUUAUUUGCUGUAGCUUGUUGAUGGAAAAAGUAAAUAAAUUUUAUGUGUGUAGUUUCAAAACUGGAAAAAAAUCUCUUUUACAUUACUUCUACACAUUUUUUGAUGAGAUUGUAGUUUUGGAUUUUCAUCAAAGGAUGCCAUUGUAAACAUAGUCAUUUCGAUUGAGUUGAUAUACAGGAUGCAUUUUACAGGGAUCUCUGUAACCAUAAUAGAUACAGGGUUGGUUAAAUUUGAAAAAAGUUGCACACAAGAUGUUACUAUCAAAUUUAAAAUCUGACGUUUCGUCUUUGGGCCACCAUCAUCAACUUCAUUUUUUUAAAUACGGCGGCGCUUGAUUUUCUAUUUCAGAUUUUAAGAGCUUCUGAUGUCCCAAAACCAAUGACGAACUGAUUACAAAAAUUGCCUUGAUAUACCAGACCAGCAUGCUCUUAAAGGACUUUCAAUACAUGAUGCUGCUGCUACCUGGUAGCAGGGAAUUAAGUCCUGGAUAAACAGUUUUGAUGAAGCUAUUUUGCCAUUAAGGCAUGCUUUUGGUUAUUCGAAACCACGUCAUCAAAUUCACAGAGAACUGUUUUCAAAAGUGC